UCUAGUCAUAGGAAUUGUAUUUAUUACUGCAGUCAUCAUUGCUGUUUAUUGUAUCAAGACAUAUAGAAGAAGAGUUGAAGUCCCAAAUGAAGUUCCGAUGAAUCAAGAGCCGAGAUUUCGCAAACGCGAUAAGAUGAUAUUUUACGGCAAAAAAUAUCUGCGCAAGGUGAAACAGCUCUCACAACCACAAGAUGGUGGAUAUAGAAGGACUAUAAGAAAAAGACAAAAAGUCAUGUUUAACUUUGGAAAAGAGCUUUUAAGGUUUGACAAUAAUGAGCCUGGAAGGCAACUUAAACAGCCACCAGCAGCAUUCCUGGAAGCUGACUUGGCUGAGGUUGAUAUCAAUGAACCUCGUCUUCCCCCAGAGGUUGUGUACAUGCUGAAGAGUGUAAGGGUAUUUGGUCAUUUUGAGAAGCCCCUUUUCUUUGAGCUGUGCAAAUACAUUCAGACUAAGUUGGUUCCAGCCAAUGCUCUUCUAUUUAAACCAGGGCAGCAUGAUGAUAGCAUAUACGUAGUCCAGAGUGGAAAGCUCUCUGUCUCUAUAAUUGAAAAGGAUGGCACGGAGGUGUGCAUGAAGGAAGUUCUCACUGGAGAGAGCAUAUACAGCGUGCUCACUAUACUGGACGUUCUUACGGGUCAUCAUAUGACCCUUCCCCAAAUAUGCUGUCGGGCAGUUGUGGAUACUCAUGUUCUUAGGUUGCCGGGCAAGGCUUUUCAAACAGUGUUUGAGCAGCAUCCAGAUUCCUUGGUCAGAGUUGUGCAGAUUAUUAUGCUUCGUCUUCAGCAAGUUACAUUCAUGGCGCUGCACAACUUCCUGGGACUUAGCUACGAGCUCAUUGCGAGUAGCCCAGCGUCGCGACGGAGGCCGUCAAUUUAUGGAAUCACAUCAAGUCCAGUGAAAGGAAAGAUGACAGAAACUCCUGCGGGGAAAGAGAAUCAAACGAAGACGACCAAGAAGAUUCCUCUAGAAGUUGACUCUGGUGCGAGCAGCGCUGCAAGUAGUAAAACAACGACACCUGAUUCAGCCGUCGGUAAUCCUAAGGAGAAGGAGAAUAAAGAGCCACGGGGAAUCUUGGGAAAGGAAAACAGUAAGCCAAUCCCAGUGAAGAAAGUGCCGUUACACAGGAGUGUUAGCUUCACGGAGCCUGAGCACGAGCGAAAAGUUGACAAACAAAUUGGACGCUGUAAGUCAGCUGCCACCCUGGAAACCAUGUUGGGUUUUGGAAGCGAUUCAGACCUUUCUGAUUUUGACGCGGCCCUUGGCCGUGCGCGCUUAACUGGUUUUCCAGAGUCACCCAGCCGCACAGCCAUGUUCGACUUGGAGGCCAGCGACACAGAAGGCAGCCCCUCUUCCUCCUUGGAGGGUCGUUUUGACUUCCCUGCAACUCCAGUAACUGAGGACCUGUCCAAACAGUUUCUCACUAUGGACCCUGAAGAAGAAGAUAAAAUGAUGAAGACAGCGGCAAGCGAGAUCGCUAAAAGUCUUGAUUUACCGGACUCCUCACUACUGGAAGGACUUCUUUCAGUUGCAUGUAUUCCUUCUGGAACGGUCCUUAUCAAACAAGGGGACGUGGAUUGCAGUUUGUAUUUCGUGGUGACCAACUCCUUGGAAGUAACACAGAAGAGUCUCAGUGGCGACCAAGAGUACCACCUGUACACGGCCCUCCCCGGUGAGUUUGUUGGCGUCUUGGCAGUUGUCACUGGAGAACCUUCCUUCUUCAAUGUCAAGGCAACCAAGCAAUGUCACGUGGUUAUAAUCAGCAAGGCCAACUUUUACAUCGUUAUUCGUCACAAGCCCAGAGUCAUUCUGAACGUGGCUCAUUCCCUUAUUGGUCAUCUGUCUCCUUUCCUGAGACAAAUCGACUACGCUUUGGACUGGAUGCAUGUUGAAGCCGGUAGAGCAGUUUACAGGCAAGGAGAACAAUCGAACUGUAUUUAUAUUGUGUUAAAUGGCCGCCUUCGUUCAGUUGUGACGUUAAGCAAUGGCAAGAAAGAACUCGAUCGCGAGGCUGGCCGCGGAGAAAUGACGGGAGUGGUUGAAGUGCUGACACAAGCUCCGAGGGCGACAACAGUUCAUGCUAUUCGGGAUACUGAGCUGGCAGUUCUUCCCGAUGGGUUGUUGAACACAAUCAAGAGACAUUUCCCUCAGGUAGUUACUCGUCUAAUUCAUUUACUUGGUGAACGGCUGCUGGGACAGUACAGACGAAGUUACGCAAGAAGCGAAACAUUGCUUGAAAAUCACCUCCCGGUUGAUAAUCAGAUAUUCGGAGGCUCAAAUCUCGGCACAGUUGCCAUCAUCCCUGCGUCAGAGGAUGUCCCAGUCUCAAACUUCUCAUUUGAACUCAGCUUAGCUCUUCAUACUAUAGGCCCCACCUUGUUGCUGACCAGUUCAUUGGUCCGAAGCAGGCUUGGUAGCUCAGCGAUGGACAGCAUGAAUGAGUACCGUUUGUCCAGCUGGCUUGGACAACAAGAGGAUCUUCAUCGUAUUGUGUUGUAUCAAGCUGAUACAUUUAUGUCUGCCUGGACAAAACGCUGUAUAAGACAGGCGGAUUCCAUUGUCAUUGUUGGUGUGGCAGACGGAAGCCCAGCAGUUGGUCAGCUUGAAAAACAGCUGGAGAAUAUUGGUGUACGAUCUCAAAAGGAGCUUAUUCUCUUACACCGUGAGGAUGGCGCUAAAGGUUUCCGAAUUUCACACACUGUAGAUUGGUUGAACGCGCGCGGCUGGAUCUGCGCUCAUCAUCAUGUUCGAUGCGCUAAGAAAAUCUUUGGACGACGCCCGUUGUCUGAAAGGUAUGCACAAAAUCCUGCAGCGUACCCAUUACCAGAAAGAAAUUCUGAUUUUUCCCGACUUGCGCGAAGACUUACAGGGACCUCCAUUGGAUUAAUUCUCGGAGGAGGCGGAGCCAGGGGAUUAUCUCAUGUUGGAGUCAUCAAAGCAUUAGAGGAAGCAGGUAUACCUAUAGACAUGGUGGGUGGCACCAGCAUGGGAUCCUUUGUCGGUGCAACAUACGCCGAGACUGCUGACGUCAAUAGGAUGUGUCAGAAGGUCCGCGAGUGGUCAAUGGACAUGACGUCCUUAUUUAAGAAGAUCCUUGAUCUAACGUAUCCGUUCACCUCCAUGUUUUCUGGAAGUGGAUUUAACGCGAGCAUUAGAAGUAGUUUUGGAGAGCGUCAAAUAGAGGAUCUCUUGUUGCCAUACUUUUGCAUCACAACUGAUAUAACGUCUUCGAGAAUGAGAGUACAUACCGAUGGCUGUUUAUGGCGUUACGUUCGUGCUAGUAUGUCUCUGUCGGGUUAUCUACCACCACUUUGUGAUCCCAAAGACGGACAUCUGUUACUGGACGGUGGAUACGUCAAUAAUUUACCCGCGGAUGUAAUGAAGACAAUGGGAGCACAGACGAUCAUAGCGAUCGACGUAGGAUCGGAAGAUCCCGAUGAUCUCACGAACUAUGGCGAUCAAUUAUCGGGCUGGUGGCUACUGUGGAAUAAAUGGAAUCCUUUUGCUGAAACUGUCAAGAUUCCAGACAUGGCCGAAAUCCAGUCCCGUUUAGCCUAUGUAUCUUGUGUUAGGCAAUUAGCGGAAGUAAAAGAGAGCAGUUACUGUGAAUACAUAAGACCGCCAAUCGACAGAUUUAAGACUUUGGAGUUCGGCCGCUUCGAUGAGAUAGUGGAUGUGGGAUACCAUCACGGUAAGACUGUUUUCAAAGGUUGGGUCAGAGGAAACAAAUUACCCGACAUCUUCAGAGAGCAUCCAUCUAGGAGUCACAUGACCCACGCAUAUGCUACUGGGCAACCUGUGGGGAAGGCGUCAGAGCACAGUACCUUCACUAACUUGGCGGAGCAGAUAUCCCGGAUUGAACCUCCGUACACUCACGAGUGGUUACCAUUCUCAUCCUCGGAUGAACUGCUAGGUUCCAGUUCUCCACCCGGUCACCACAUGUACUCGGCCUCGGAGGAAGACGACGAGUACGAUGAAGAAGAAGAGAAUCUUGUUCGUGUCAGACCAAGAACAGGUUCUCUGUCAGAACACGAAGAUUUACUGGCCCUUAAGACGGCUCAAUUCCAAGUUGUUCGGCGCGAAGAGGCUGGAUAUGAUUCGGAUGAUACUCAUGUGAGAAGAAGACUGGGCUUGCAUCAUCAACCGAACAGUGAACCAUAGAACAAAUGCAUGGACCCUUAGGGAUGGUAGUCAUGGAAACGCCAACGCAACCCUCUAAAAGAAAGGAAUAGCACCUGAUAUAUGAUGUAUUUAAAUGACGAGUGUGAUUCGGGAAUGAAAUGCAAAUUGUUUGUGGCAUGCAUUCAUUGUCAAAUGCAAUGCGCGUAAUAGUGAUAACAAAGCUAACACGGGCGAUAGACAGGUCCAAAAUAUUUUGCACGACCAACAAGGGGGCCUCUCCCCUCAACUAAAUCACAAAUAAUCGAUUAAUGGCGAUCGGACCAUUUGCUGUUAAAUCCUAGGCUGGGUUAAGAGUCAAGUCAAAUUUACCCCUGUAAAGUGUAUUAAUUGUGUGGAGAACAUUAACCGUUUUAAUAGGAAGUAUGGCAGGUUUGGCAGAGAUAAUUCACCUCUCAAGUUUCGGUGUGCGUGUGAACUCCAAGUUUAGGAGGUUUGCCAUAACAUUUACGUAAUUUUGGUCUCUUUGUAAUAAGGGAGUGUAGCUCAUAAUGCCAUUGAGACAACGUUGAGAACUUUUAAGGAAAUAAUCAGGAAUAAUAAAUAGUCCCCCCCCCACCCUUAUGGAGAUAGUGAUGCGUUUCCUCCAAGAUAGGAAACUUGUGUUUGCAUAACAAUCAUAAACUUAAUCAUUAACUUAUUUGAUAUUCGAAUAAAACCUUUUCCAAAAGUGCAUGACACUACCUAGCAAAGGUCUUCGUCGCAGCUGUUAUAUGUAAGUAAUACGUUGAGUACAGUUGAGUCCUUAAGUACCAGAAGAACGGCAUGAAAUUAGUUCAGUUUUAACAGUUCCAGAUGCAGCAAUCUUAAAACCCUUCUCUCCUCUUUCUUUUUCUUUCUCUUUUUUUUCAUAACAAAAUGUAUUGUGUUAUCAAAGGCUUGACUGCAGUUAAUAGUAAGUAUUGCAUUUAUGCAUUUAUUCAGUAUCAUUGUACUCAGUGACAGUUGAAAACUGACUCGUCUCCAGUCGUCCACGCCUGGUGCAGUAGAUCAAAAUAGGGGAGGAAUGAGUGAUGGGAAGGGGUCUUUGUCUCUUUCAUUUUCUCCUCACACAGCUUGCGUUUCCGUGCCGCCCAUCUUGGCCGUUUUCGGUAUAAAGAGAAUUGGGAACGAGUAUGUGAAAAAAGUGCUGUGUUGACCGAAGAAAUCAUAUUUUACGAAGCGAAUCUCUGUCAGCCUUUUGUAAAGUUGAUAAGACAGGGUCAAGAGAUCUGUAGUCCUCAAUGUCGCUAGUGAAUCGGCAAGUGUAUUCAACAGCGUAGCAACAGCUGUAAACGAGAUUCCUAAUUUCUUAGCAAAAGGAUCAGAAUAACUUUUCCGUUUUUAAAGUUGAAAUGCAAAUUCGAAUCAUGAAUAUGAGAAUAUGGAUUUUUUUCUGACUUAUCUCCUCGGAAUUUGUAGCGCUUUUAAGGACAAGUUCAUUGCUUAUUGAUAAAAAUGCCCUUUAAGAUCAGUUUAUUUUUUCUCAUUCCUGCAUGAAUUUUUUUUCAUUGACAUGCAAAGAGAAGACAAAUGCUGACUUAUUUUAGUACUAAAUGUGGGAAAAACACACUAACUGAAGCAGAAGUGGAAAAUUUCUACACAUCACUUGAA